AUGUACAAAGAAGCAAUAAUUUGUAUAAUCGGUACUUUUUGUAUUUUGCAAAUAGUUGAUUCGCAUGCUGAAAUUGCAUCAAAUAGUUUCGAUUCAAAAAAUGAAGCUCAGGAUAUAAAAGAUAUUGUUUAUCCUGAGAGUCAUGGUGAAUCAAAAUUUUGUUUUCAACCAUCAAGAAUAGCGGAUAAUUCGUCUAUGCCGUUCGUGGAAUUAAAAAUUGAUAGCUUUCCACCAUUUAGUCGAUCAAAAAAAUCUUCUGGAAUUGUAGCAAAGGAAAGAUUUUUUCUUUUCGUAGUAGAGCCAUCGUAUUUAAAAUACGCACGUGAAGAAUUAAGACUGAUCAAAAUAGGCUUAAACUUUUGCGACUCUUAUCUGGGUCCAUUUUUAGUCAUAAUAGCUAUGGUGGCUAUUUUCAUUUUCUAUGGUGUGAGCAAUCUGUAUUCAUUUUACAAAUGGAAGUCCAUAAAUAAAACCCUCCAAAACCUUCCAAAGGAAAGUCACAAAGAAAAGAUAAAAUUAGUAAUAAAGUUGCUACUCGUUCUCGUUGGUUCCAUUUUGUUAUCAUUUCUUUUAUAUCGACUAUUCAAUCUUCCUACCGAAGAUAAUGAUUUAUUCUAUGAACAAAAAGUUCGCUUUGAUCUGGAUCAAGAAUCAAAAUUAUGUUUAACACCACAACAAUUCGCGGAAAAACUGGCUACAACUUUAUCUGAAAAGAAAAUAAAUGGCACUACAAAAUUUAAUCAAGCAGAUAAACUUGUCCAAGAUUUUCACCAGGAAGAACAGCAUAUUCUCAUUAUAAGACAGAGGGAUUCAAUUUAUAUAAUUGACGAUAAUUUUUGGCAUAGAAGGGGAGUCCACUCGUUCUUUUGUAAAGGAUAUGUACUGUUAUUGUUCUUAAGUGUAUUCCCCAUAAUUAUGGUGAUUAUCAUUAUUUUAUUGAUUUAUUUCAUAAAGCUUCUUGUAAAGUGGACUUAUGUGUUACUGGAUCGUGUUUCUGACAUGAAAAAAGAACUUGGUUCUGAAGUUAUAGUUACACCAGUAUUAACUUUAGAAUCUAAUCUCAAGGGUAGUGUGACUUCAGAAUCAUGCACAGAAAAAAAGUGUUUAUGA